AGCGUGCCUGAGUCUACCUGGUACUGGUUGCCGAAGUGGCAUAUGAAGGUAUUUACCUGUUCUACACGCAUUCUUAUAGCAGGAUGAACGUCCGUGUGUAGGCUUAUUGCGUUUGUGGAAUACUUGUUGAUGAUGGCUACUUUGAACUCCUCAGAUGAGGAUGAGUGCGAGUUCACUGCACGACGUACGAUGGACUGCGAUACCGCUGACGGCCCAGUGAGACCCUCACACCUCACCACAGACGCUAACCGUAGAGAUUCUUUUACCGAGAAAACUUUGUGUACACGUUUUGCUACAGACAACAUCGAUCGACAGUCUCUGGCAGACAAAUCCAAAAGACAUUCCGUUGCAGACGACAGCAAAAUACAUUCGGUUAACGAGGUCAGCGAAAUGCAUUCAGUUGCAGACGACAUCGAAAGUUAUUCUGUUGCAGACGACAGCGAGAGACAUUCAGUUGCACUGACCGACAGCAAAAUACAUUCUGUUGUAGACGACAGCGAAAGACAUUCUGUUGCAGACGACAGCGAAAGACAUUCGGUGGCAGUCGACAUCGAAAGUUAUUCUAUGGCAAACGUCAUCGAAAGACAGUCGGUUGCACGCGAUAUCGAAAGACAUUAUGUAGCUGACGGCACUGAAAGACAUUCUGUGGAGGACGAUAUCGAAGCGGGCUCUGCCACAGAUGUUACUCGUCGUUCUUCUUCAAAUGAAUCAGAAACAGAAACAAAAGACGAGCGAACAAAUGAUAACGUUACACACACCAAAGGAACAAGAAAAACUGACGACGGUGAACCCCAGGCGGCAUGGAGUCAAGAAGAAAUUCAAGCUCUGCUUGUCAAGGCAAUAAACUUCCGAGCGCCACUGAAAGACAUACGUACAGUUAUUCAAUGUGGUGCUGAUGUUAAUAGGCCAAUUACAAGUGGACUUCACCCGAUUCAUUACGCAGCCUACGCAGACGACGUUGCCUGUGUCGAACUUCUACUAAAGUCUGGAGCUAAUGUUAAUGCUACAGAUGAAAUAGGGUACACGCCUUUACAUUUGGCCGCGCGUAGAGGUAAUCAGAGGACACUAAGCAAGCUAAUAGAAAAUGGUGCUAUUAUAAACUUCAACGAGCCAGGAGUUGUAAUUCACAACACUGAGGAGAAAAAUAAACUUGGCUUUACAACUACUGAGCCAAUAAACCUUGCUAUUCAAAAUGGGAAUGUGAAAUGCGCGGAAUUGCUUCUGGACAAUGGCGCGCGUGUCAACAACAAGUAUUUCAUGGGCUAUGAAAUUUCGCUGGCACCACUGGACGAUGUUGAUUGUUUAGAGGUUCUCCUGAAACACGGAGCUGAUCCAAAUGUUUUCAACAGAUGUGGGUUAUCGCCUUUGAUGAAAGCUUGCAAAGACCACCACAUCGAUGCGGUAAGACUCUUAGUGAAACAUGGCGCAGACGUUAACGCGCAGUGCCCGCCACUGUUCGAACCAAAGUCCCCUCUACAGUUUGCAAUAGCGAGCGGAAAUAUUGUGAUCGUUAACAUUCUCCUUGGACGCGGUUCUAAGAUCGUUAGGUACGGAGAGUACAAAUACAGCGCGCUACACUCAGCUGUCCUUAAAGGGCGCGCGGACAUCUGUCGUGUGCUUUUACAGUACGGUGCAGACGUGAAUGAACGGACUGAAGAAGGGGCAACCGCUUUGAUGCUCGCCUGCUGUACUCUCGAAAUGAAGGAGCGCGCUGAGAUUGUGAAAAUGUUGAUAGACGCCGGAGCAGACGUCAACGCGCAUGCUCCGUGUUACAGUUACUUUGAUCCGUAUCUUGCUCCUAUUACGGAGUAUUUCAAGAACAUAGGGAAUUCCGAGGACUUUAGUAUUAUAAAAAUGCUUUUGUGUAACGGAGCCAAGGUCCAUUUCUGUUCCAGUGAGAUUGAAAGCAGUCGGAGAAGGGACCCCUUUUCGAUUCUACCUUAUUGCCACUGUCUUAGCGGCCAUUACGACACUUUCUUCUACGUAUUGGAUGCCGCUGCGAAAUUCAACCCUAUGGCGGUUUACGUUAGCCCCAACAUCUCGGAAAGCAUGAAAGACCAGCUGUUAUUGGCUGGUACCCGGGUUCUAAACCUGAAGCAUUUGACCCGCCUCACAAUACACGCCAGAUUGGGGACCGGUAUUCCGGACAAGGUCAUGAAACUCCCUCUGCCAGAGAUUAUUAAGAGUUAUCUUCUGUACAAAUAAGGCACACUUCUUCGUGUUGUAACCCCUCUUAAUACGCGGUAUUUAAUGGGAUUUUAAGUAGGUAGUACAUAGGAGACACGAGGCUGGUUUGCGGUACGCAGAAACUCAUUUGUUUUGACAUUCAUGAUUCGGUACGGAGUCCCCCGAUAUAUCGCUUGUUAUUUGUUACGCGGGAUUCGGAUUGAAAUAAAGGAGUAUUCGAAACGCAAGGGCCAAAGGGGUUAUUCCCUCUGAUAUCUGAUAAAUAUACUGUUUCAUUGUACGAAUUAUGUCCGUAAGGUUAGUGGGUAAAUUAAAUUAAAACACACUUAAUUGUAUCGCACAUUUGACAUAAAUGUCACCGUAUUAUAUACUUAGUAGUUCAUUAUUAGAAAGAUUGCAAAGUUUCAUGACAUCAAAUAGUAAAAUGAAUUUAAGCAGUUAUGAUUUGCUUCAGCUUAAAGUGUUCACGAUAUGGUCGGUUUCUUAUCCAUUGUUUUUGUAACAUCAUCUGUGAUCAACUUAUCCUCAUAUGGUCAUUUCGGUGAGUUCAGAGUCUCUUUAGUUUCAAAAUUGUAUUUAGCUUCGGAUUUGUUAGUUACAACCAAUACGCGUGUACGAUGCUCUUAACAUUCAUAACAUGGUGUGCUUCUCGGACAUUAAAACUAAACAGUAUACUGAUUUGGUGUUCCUUGACUUCAAACCCAUGAAACCCGCGUACAAAUGUUGCGUUCCGUUUUAUGUAUGGGGAAAUUCAGUUGGAGAAAUCACUAAUGCUUUGCUUUCCACGAGUUUGCUCUGAAAUUCUCAGAAAUGGAUGAUAUUGUAAUACUGAAACUGUCGCUUAACAUUUCGAUAAUAUGUGAAACAAAUUUGCACGGCUAAUUUCCAAAUGCUGGGGUGUCCUCUUGUAAUAUAUGAAAUAUUUGAGCAGCCCCGUUCACUUGUAUUUAUCAUAGAAAAAUUAUUCAGUGACCCGUGUUAAAAUUGCUCCUUAUACUUCCUUAUGAUUCUGACUUAGUUUUAUAUACAGUAUAUUACGUUAAUAUUUUAUAUAUUUCAAAUGCAUUUGAACAACGGACACACCUCGUGGACACACCUCGUGUAGAUAAAUGAACCUUCCUCUGUUGCUGGUGGUAUUUUGAUGAAAGUGAUUUCGUUUUGCCUGAAUGGCAAGUAUUGUUGUAAGUUGACUUAGAAAGAAUUUUCAACCAAUACAUACUAGAAUUGUCCAGCAAGGGCAGUGGCCUGUCGUAUUGUCAUAAAAAACAAGAGCAGACACAGACUGCCAUAUCGCCCUCAGAAUUAAGAACAGUACCAACAAGACCUUACGACAAAGAAUUACAAUUAAUUAAUGGACCCUUGCUAAAAAUACUGCACCCAGAGUUAUGGUUCUUGUACACUGCACUUAUCCUACUUGAGAUAUCUGUAUAUGAAAUUUAAAAUAAAUUCUUGAAAGAUU